AUGAAGAUUAUUUCCCCGGUUCUAAGUAAUCCAGUCUUCAGGCACACCAUUAAACUCCUGCUCUGCUUACUGUGGAUUGGAUAUUCUCAAGGAACCACACAUGUAUUAAGAUUUGGUGGUAUUUUUGAAUAUGUGGAAUCUGGCCCAAUGGGAGCUGAGGAACUUGCAUUCAGAUUUGCUGUGAACACAAUCAACAGAAACAGAACCUUGUUGCCCAAUACCACUCUUACCUAUGACACCCAGAAGAUAAACCUCUAUGACAGUUUUGAAGCAUCCAAGAAAGCCUGUGAUCAGCUGUCUCUUGGGGUGGCUGCCAUCUUCGGGCCUUCGCACAGCUCUUCAGCAAAUGCAGUUCAGUCUAUCUGCAAUGCUCUGGGGGUUCCCCACAUCCAGACCCGCUGGAAGCACCAGGUGUCAGACAACAAAGAUUCCUUCUAUGUCAGUCUCUACCCAGACUUCUCUUCACUCAGCCGUGCCAUUUUGGACUUGGUGCAGUUCUUCAAGUGGAAAACUGUCACAGUUGUCUAUGAUGACAGCACUGGUCUCAUUCGCUUGCAGGAGCUCAUCAAAGCUCCAUCAAGGUACAAUCUUCGACUUAAGAUCCGUCAACUACCUGCUGAUACAAAGGAUGCAAAACCCUUACUGAAAGAGAUGAAAAGAGGCAAGGAAUUCCAUGUCAUCUUUGACUGUAGCCAUGAAAUGGCAGCAGGCAUUUUGAAACAGGCAUUAGCUAUGGGAAUGAUGACAGAAUACUACCAUUAUAUCUUUACCACACUGGACCUCUUUGCUCUUGAUGUGGAACCCUAUCGAUACAGUGGUGUUAACAUGACAGGGUUCAGAAUAUUAAAUACAGAAAAUACACAAGUCUCCUCCAUCAUUGAAAAGUGGUCUAUGGAACGGUUGCAGGCACCUCCAAAACCCGAUUCAGGUUUGCUGGAUGGAUUUAUGACGACUGAUGCUGCUCUCAUGUAUGACGCUGUGCACGUGGUGUCUGUGGGUGUCCAGCAGUUUCCCCAGAUGACAGUCAGCUCCCUACAGUGCAAUCGACACAAACCCUGGCGCUUUGGGACCCGCUUCAUGAGCCUAAUUAAAGAGGCACAUUGGGAAGGCCUCACAGGCAGAAUAACUUUCAACAAAACCAAUGGCUUGCGAACAGAUUUUGAUUUGGAUGUGAUCAGCCUCAAGGAAGAAGGUCUGGAAAAGAUUGGAACUUGGGAUCCAGCCAGUGGCCUGAAUAUGACAGAAAGUCAAAAGGGAAAGCCAGCCAACAUCACCGAUUCCUUAUCCAAUCGUUCUUUGAUUGUUACCACCAUUUUGGAGGAACCCUAUGUUCUGUUUAAAAAGUCUGACAAACCUCUUUAUGGAAAUGAUCGAUUUGAGGGCUAUUGCAUUGACCUCCUCAGAGAGCUAUCUACAAUCCUUGGCUUUACAUAUGAAAUUAGACUUGUGGAGGAUGGGAAAUACGGAGCCCAGGAUGAUGCCAAUGGACAAUGGAAUGGAAUGGUCCGUGAACUAAUUGAUCAUAAAGCUGACCUUGCAGUUGCUCCACUGGCUAUUACCUACGUUCGAGAGAAGGUCAUCGACUUUUCCAAGCCCUUUAUGACACUUGGAAUAAGUAUUUUGUACCGCAAGCCCAAUGGUACAAACCCAGGCGUCUUCUCCUUCCUGAAUCCUCUCUCCCCUGAUAUCUGGAUGUAUAUUCUGCUGGCUUACUUGGGUGUCAGUUGUGUGCUCUUUGUCAUAGCCAGGUUUAGUCCCUAUGAGUGGUAUAACCCACACCCUUGCAACCCUGACUCAGACGUGGUGGAAAACAAUUUCACCUUGCUAAAUAGUUUCUGGUUUGGAGUUGGAGCUCUCAUGCAGCAAGGUUCUGAGCUCAUGCCCAAAGCGCUCUCCACCAGGAUAGUGGGAGGCAUUUGGUGGUUUUUCACACUUAUCAUCAUUUCUUCGUAUACUGCUAACUUAGCCGCCUUUCUGACAGUGGAGCGCAUGGAAUCCCCUAUUGACUCUGCUGAUGAUUUAGCUAAACAAACCAAGAUAGAGUAUGGAGCAGUAGAGGAUGGUGCAACCAUGACCUUUUUCAAGAAAUCAAAAAUCUCCACAUAUGACAAAAUGUGGGCCUUUAUGAGUAGCAGGAGGCAGUCUGUGCUCGUCAAAAGUAAUGAAGAAGGAAUCCAGAGAGUCCUCACCUCUGAUUAUGCUUUCCUAAUGGAGUCAACGACCAUCGAGUUUGUCACCCAGCGGAACUGUAACCUGACACAGAUUGGUGGCCUCAUAGACUCCAAAGGUUAUGGCGUUGGCACCCCCAUGGGUUCUCCAUAUAGAGACAAAAUCACCAUAGCAAUUCUUCAGCUGCAAGAGGAAGGCAAGCUGCACAUGAUGAAGGAGAAGUGGUGGAGGGGCAAUGGGUGUCCAGAGGAGGAGAGCAAGGAGGCCAGUGCCCUGGGGGUUCAAAAUAUUGGUGGCAUCUUCAUUGUUCUGGCAGCCGGCUUGGUGCUCUCUGUUUUUGUGGCAGUGGGAGAGUUUUUAUACAAAUCCAAAAAAAACGCUCAGUUGGAAAAGAGGUCCUUCUGUAGCGCCAUGGUAGAGGAACUGAGGAUGUCCCUGAAGUGCCAGCGUCGGUUAAAACACAAGCCACAGGCCCCAGUUAUUGUGAAAACAGAAGAAGUUAUCAACAUGCACACAUUUAACGACAGACGGUUGCCAGGUAAAGAAACCAUGGCAUAA